AUGAAGUUUCUCAAAGGAUUCAGCGGAGAUGCCAAGGUGAUGUAUGAACAGGCAAGUCAAGUGGCAAAUGACGCUGUUAGUAGCAUCCGAACUGUUGCAUCAUUUUGCGCAGAAUCAAAGGUUAUGGAUAUGUAUCGAAAGAAAUGUUCAGGGCCAGAAAAACAAGGUGUUCGUUCGGGGCUUGUAAGUGGCGCAGGAUUCGGCUUCUCUUUUGUGGCUCUAUAUUGCAUGACUGCUUUUUGCUUCUACAUAGGAGCUGUUCUAGUGCAGCAUGAUAAAGCCACUUUUCAAGAGGUUUUCAAGGUUUUCUUCAGUUUAACUAUAACAGCAGUUGGCAUUUCUCAGUCUAGUACUUUGGCACCAGACACUAAUAAGGCGAAAGAUUCUGCCGCUUCAAUAUUCAAAAUUCUAGACAGUAAACCUACAAUUGACUCUAGUAGCAAUGCAGGCGAAACAUCAGAAACAGUUACAGGUGAUAUGGAACUUCAACAUGUCUGCGAUUUGCAAUUGCAGAUUGUUAAAAUUCCUCUUUGCAAUAGUGCUAUAGCACUACUAUAA